AUGGUUAAGGCGACAGAAUGCGGGAUUGUAUAUUGCUCCCAAGAGCCAUGGCUAUCCAACCUCUCUAUCCAUAACAUUAUUUGUGGUCCUUCAGAUUUUGACGGAACUUGGUAUGCAGAGGUGAUUAAUGCAUGCUGCCUUAAGACAGAUAUCACCAGUCUCCCGCAGCAGGACAUGACUGUUAUUGGAAGUAAAAGUAUGUGUCUAAGUGGAGGCCAAAGACCAUAUAUCAGCCUUGCAAGAGCUGUCUAUUCCCGGAAACAGCUUCUUCUGUUGGAUGACAUCACCAGUGGGCUUAAUGCGACGACAGAGGGCCAGGUUGUCCAAAGGCUAUUAGGACAGAAUGGUAUCUGCCGGAAGCAUGGCUUAGCUGUAGUUCUUGCAAUGCACAAGGUGCAUUUCAAACAAAUGGUGGACACUAUCAUCGAGAUUAAUACUGAUAACUCAAUGGUGAACAUUCAACGUUCAUAUCAUAUUCCUGGAAGCCUGGAGAUAUGUGGCGAUAAUGCCUUGGUACAGCAAGAUCUUUAUCGUGGCAAUUCGGAACCCGAUAUUUUGGAAGAAGAGAAUAUGAGGGCAUGUGAAGCACGCUCCGAGACAUCUCGUAGGAUAGGCGAUUUCAGUCUAUAUCUUCUCUAUGCAAAGGAGAUGGGCCUGGCGUCCGUGAUAUUGGUCAUAUCCACAUCGAUUGGCUUUUGUUUCUUCAGCAGGUUCCCCAGUAUCUGGCUUGAGUGGUGGUCCGAGGCAGAAACUCGGGGCCCAGGGAAGCACAAUGCCCAUUAUAUGGGUGGCUAUGCAGGCUUUGGAGUCUCUGCUGUAGUAUGUUUCUUUCUUGUAUACUGGAGCUUCCUGGUUGAAUCCGUGCCUCGCACUUCUGUUCGCUUGCACAGAAGGCUGCUGAAGGCUGUUACCGCAGCUCCUCUCUCCUCUCUCGUUUUGAUUGAUACCGGAGUCAUAAUAAAUCGCUUCAGCCAGGAUAUGUCUUUAAUUGAUAUGAGACUCCCAGGUUCAAUGAUACAGACUCUGGACGGUCUUCUGGAUGCAAUUGCUGAAGGUGUGCUAAUCGCGCGAUCAUCCCCAUGGACGGCAUUGAUGUUCCUCCCCCUCCUGGUCAUUCUCUAUACUUUACAGAAGUUCUACUUGUGUAUAUCGCGACAGCUUUGA